GUUGGCUCAAGCUGCAAGUAGGAAUAUUGAAUAAUUAUUACCUACCCGUUUUGGUUGCAGCAAAUGGCGGCCCCAGGAAACAAGUUCUGGGGGGGCGCAAGCUCCUCAGAGUCCGAUUCCGACUCCGGAUCCUCCGACAGCGAGGAGGAGCGGCCCGUGGUGGCCGCCGCAGCGCCUCGAAAGAUGGCGCGCUGGGCUGAGGCCUCCUCCAGUGAAGAUGAAGGUGUUGCACAGCGCCGAGUAGUCCGAUCACACACGGACAAAAAGAACGAGCAGAUGUUAGAACAGAUCAAGGUUAUGAAGAACCACAUGAAGAUCGAUGAUUUUGCUAGUACCAUUACGGACUACGAGGCAUUGAUCAAAAUGUUAGAAAAGCUCCGCACCCAGGUGGAAGCGGAUGGUGGUCCUCCUAAGCAGUUUGUGAAAGCCAUUGGCGCAUUGGAAGACUACAUUGAGAAAACUCACGCCGAAAUCCAGGAGAAGAAGUCCAAGGGCAACAAGUUGCCAGAGAACAAAGCGAAGGCCUUCAACACCCUUCGCUCCAAGGUGAAGAAGGGCAACAAGCUCUACGCCGACGACCUGACGCAGCUGCGUUCCAACCCCGAGGAUUUCCAGUCUGAAGAGGAAGCCGCAGACUCUGCCAGCGAGGCCAGCCAGGCAGCUGGUUCCGAGGAUUCCGCCUCCGGGAGCUCUGAGAGUGACUCCAGCAGCUCCAGUAGUGACUCCAGUAGUGACUCCGACAGUGAUUCGUCGGACAGCUCUUCGGACACUGGUGGCAGCGAUUCUUCGGACAGCGACUCUGAACCCUCCUUCGACGACAGCGACAAGAGCGGCAGCGAGGAUGGUGACGAAGAUUUGGCCCGAGAGAGGAAGAUGCUGCGAUGGCUCAUCACGCCCGAAAAGUUGGCGGAGCGUGAAAAGAAGGCCGAAGUCGCUAAGGCCAAAGAGGCCGAGAACAAGGCCAAAGAUCAGGAGAAACGUGCUAGAAAGAAGGACAAAGUGGAGGAGGGUCAGAAGGGCACCACCCAUCAACGCAAAGGUAAAGAUGAGCCAGAAGAGUACACCUCCAAGGAGCUCACCACCAAGGUCACUGAGAUCGCGCAGCAGCGUGGACGUCGAGGCUUCGAUCGCAAGGUGUACAUGGAAAAGUUGCAGAAACUUCUUGUGCACGCGGCGAAGCACGGCCCGCUGGAGCAGCUCUACAUUUAUGCCUCAAUGGUUUCAGCAGACUUCGACAACACAGGGAGCGCCUUUGCUGCCAUGAAGAUUGAGAUGUGGAACGAGGCCUUGCAGAAGGUGAACAAGAUGCUUCCUUUGCUCAUUGAAUCUCACAACCUUAUGAAGAGUGGCAGCGAGGACAAGACAUCAGCAGGUGACACUGAUGUGGAGGAUCCCAAGUCUCAUCCACGAUUGCAGGACUUGUUCUUGUCUUUUGUCGAGAAACUGGAUGAUGAGUUGUACAAAGCUCUUCAGUUCAACAGUGAUGUCUACGGCUCCGAAUACCAUGAAAUUUUGGGCAAUUCCUCGAAGUGUUUGGUCUUGUUGAACCGCACCUUGCGCUACUUCGAAGAGGUCAAGGAGCCACAGCACUUGGGCUCCAUUGCGGCCAGGCUCAUGGAACAGUUGUACUACAAGCCGGACACACUGAACCACCGUGUCUACGAUGCGAUCCCUCACACCAUGCCAGAAGAGUCGAAAGCGCACUGGGUGUGGCCGGACGAUUCCAAGGCGUACAUGGGCAAACUCUGCCACUAUGUCUGGGCCGCAGGAGAUGUCCGUUUGAGGCGUCGGGCGUGCCUCUGCCAGGCAUAUCAUCUGGCGCUGCACGACUGCUUCCAGCCAGCUCGGGACUUGCUUCAUCUUGGCAACUUCCAGGAACAGGCCGCCGAAUCCGAUGUGCACACGCAGAUCCUCUACAACCGUGUCAUCGCCCAAAUCGGCCUGUGCGCCUUCCGCUUGGGAAAGAUCACAGAGGCCCACAACUGCCUCAUGGACGUGUGUCAGUACAACAAGGGCAGGGAGCUCCUGGCUCAAGGCCUCUCCUAUGCCAAGAACAUGGAACGAAGCCAGGAACAGGAACGGGCCGAGCGGCAGAGGCAGCUGCCCUACCACAUGCACAUCAACUUGGAGGUGCUGGAGAGUGCGCAGCACAUCUGCGCCAUGCUGUUGGAGGUGCCAAACAUCGCCAUGCAGGCCAUCGAUCCAAGCAACAAGCGGAUCAUUUCGAAAGUUUUGAGGCGUGCAUUGGAAGCUUAUGACAAGCAGCAGUACUCUGGACCACCUGAGACCGCCAAGGACUCCGUGGUGGCCGCUGCGAAGGAUUUGCAACGAGGUGAUUGGGCCAAGGCCUGCGCUCAGUUGGAGGGGCUGCAGCUUUGGCACCACAUUGACACCAACCACCCAGAGAAUGGGGAGAAGGUGAAAGCCAUGAUCACGGAGAAGAUGAAGGUAGAGGCCUUGCGAACCUACUUGUUCUCUUAUGCCUCCAUCUACGAUGCCUUCCAUCUGGACCAAUUGGUUCAGAUGUUUUCCCUGGAUGAGCGCACGGUGCACUCCACCAUUUCCAAGAUGAUGAUCAAGGAGGAGAUCACCGCUUUCUGGGACGAGUCUUCCAAAUAUGUCCUGGUGCAACACGUGGAGCCGUCUCCACUGCAACGCCUUGCCAUUACACUUGCAGAGCGUGCUGUGCAGGCGGUUGAAAACAAUGAGCGCUUGGUGGAUUUGAAGUCGGGCGGAUUCGCCUUCAAGGACGGUGCCCGAGCACAGCCGGGCCUGGCCACGGAGGCCAAAGGAAAAGGCCGCAUGGGAAAGGGCUUUGACAUGAAGGGCGAUGCGAAGGGUGCCAAGGGAAAAGGCCGCGGAAAAGGAAGCUUCGCGGGUCAGCCCAUGCGCCGUGCCGCGGGCUGGGAGAAUGCCCGUGCCGGUGCCCUACGGGGUACACAGCGCGGGUGGUCCACUGGGAUCAGGGCGUAAGGCCACAGCAGAUGUCUUGUAAGCCCCUGACCCAGCAGCGUAAUCGGUGGCGCCACGCUCAAGUUCGUCGCGCACGCCUGGCUCGAUAGAAGCAUUGCUGAUGGCACGAGAGAGUGCCCGAAAUGGUUUGGCAAUGCUUACUUAGACUCAGCUUGAGGCAUGCUCAAUGUGAAACAGAUGAAAUAGUCUGCACUGAUAUGCAC